AUGCAGCAGGGCCGGCCAUCCCUUUGCUGCGUCUCCACCAUCCGCAGCUCGCAGGGACCACCCGAGCCAGCCGCAGCCGCCGCCGCUCACUUCAGCUUCUGCCGCAGCCUCCUGGAGCACACGGUCUCGGCCGAAAACCUCAGCUACCGCCUGCAGAGGAACCCGGGCAGCAGCCUCACCUGGCACGACGGCCGGAGCCAGCGGGCCGACAGCGGCCGGACCGUCAAGCUCCUGCGGCAGCCGGGGACCGAGGGCUCGCAGGGCCGUGCCUGUGACCACUAUGGCAUCUACCACACCAGCCCCACGCUGGGCAGCCUGGCCAAGCCAGUGGUGCUCUGGACCCAGCAGGAUGUGUGCAAAUGGCUGAAGAAGCACUGCCCGCAUAACUAUCUCAUCUAUGUCGAGGCGUUUUCCCACCACGCCAUCACAGGUCGGGCGCUGCUGCGGCUGAACGGGGAGAAGCUGCAGCGCAUGGGCAUCGCUCACGAAGCGCAGCGGCAGGAGGUCCUGCAGCAGGUCCUGCAGCUCCAGGUGCGCGAGGAGGUCCGAAACCUGCAGCUGCUCAGCCAAGAUUGCACCAACACUGUGAACCGAGCACCUCUGGGAUGGACUGUGCACCGCCGAUACGAGACCUGA